AUGGCACAACUGUUAAUAAAAAAUCAAAACAAGUAUGUUCCCUCUUGUGGAAAUGGCGAGUCAAAAAAAGUUAUCACACCCAUUCCUUUCCAUGGAGACCAAUUAUUUGAAGAGCGAGGCAGGAAUGUUAUAUGGACAUUUCAGGAUGGUUACAAUGAAUUUGACAGUAUCAAGGGGCUUAAUCCCGAGUUUGCUGACUGGCAUAGAAAAGUGAACUUCUACGAGGUUUGUUUUUAAAAUUAUUUUUGUCUUUCCUGCAUCAAUCUAUUCAAAUCUUUAAAAUUUAUUUAUCCACUAACACUUUCCCCUUGAUGAGAAAUUUGUUUGGCAUUAGAGUAAGGUACUGUAAUUCGGUAUGGGGCAUUGCAGCGGCUACUUAAUUAUUUGAUAAGCAUUAUAAGUUUUAACUCAUUAAGUGGCAAUGCGUCUGAAUGUGCCCUGAGAUUGGCAAGGGGGGAAUGCGCUGCAUGCGCCCUGAUUAAGCAACAUGUUGAUUAAAUUAAUUGCUAAUUUACUACUAUUUGCAGAUGGAAUUUAACAUGUUUUGCAAAUCUGAUUCUGGGAAUGAGCUUGGCACAACUAAGGCAAGCAUGAAUAGAACUCGAAAAACAAAUGCAUCGGCUGGACCAAAGAAGAAAUACAAUGAAUACAAAGAGUUCCAUCAGUGUGAGUUAGAGGCUCAUAUUUGUUCUGCCUUUAUGGAAAUAACUGGGAUGGAAGAUACAAAUGGUAAAUUAAAUAAUGCUAUAAAGACACUAAUACAUGUAGUGUGAUUAACCCAUUGAGUGGCAGCACUCUUCCCUUGUCCUUGAUGAGAAAAAUCUUCUGGCAUUAGACAUUGUAAAAAAAUAAAGUAAGGAGCAUGAAGGGACAUGGCCACUUAAAGGGUUACAGUAAUAAUUAGUCUCAUAAUGAGCAAUGGUCUUUCAUUGACAAGUAAAACCUCUCUCCCACAGUAAGCGGUGUUAGACUAAAUAAAAGAAUAAUGCACUGUAGGGCACAUUACUGCUUAUAUAAUUAUAUUAUAAUUACCAAAAUUUAUAAGUAUGAUUAUCAAACCGUAUCAAGAUAUGUUGAAAACAUUUUAGAGAACAGUACAAUGUUUUAUUUUCACCAUUAUUUUAUUUUAAGGGACUCCUAAGACUAUAAAUUUACCAAGUAACUUAACCAACAAGCAAACAAAAGGAGAGUGGUUGCUCAGUCUGUGUGAAUCCUUCAUAGACAGAUAUUGUUUUGACUCUGAAGAUCUUGAUAACUUGAUACAGCAGACAAACCAGUUGGAACUUGCAUCUCUUGGGAAAUACAAAUGCAGAGUUGAAAAAUGUGAUAAAGCAUUUGUUUAUCACUCAGGAAGAGUAAGGUUACUAAUAUGUAAAGUGGAAGUCAAGUUCAUAUGUAAACAAACGGUUUGUUUACAUUUUGAACUGAUGUAUUUUUUAAAAUAUGAUGUACUGUCUGAGUAUCUAACACCAUUUUGGUUCGCUAUGCUUCUAAAUGAAUAUAAAUAGAGUUUAUGUUCAGAAAAAUUCGAAACAUUCGAAAUUAGGGCAAUGUUCACAUUAAAUAGAGGCCCUCACAUUGUUAUGAACAGAACCGAUGCGCAGAACGGACUUGACUUCUACUUUAAGAAAUAGAAAACAUCCUACACUAUUUAGGUACUACUCCAAUUGAAACCAUAUCAGCCAAGUAGAGAAGCUCUACUUGUCCCGGCUGAGAUUCUAUAUGUUAUGGAUUCGAUACAACACUACUGUAAGUCAGUUGACGUAUUUCCAGUUAUUUCCAGCCAAUAUUGUAGCCAUGCUUUGACAGAUGUGCAUUUUAUAUGCCUUUGAUCCACUCUCAGCCAUAUUAAUCUGUAUCUUUUAUACAUCACUUAAGUCAUCUGCAAUUGCAAGUAAAUAAUAAAUAUUACUAAUAAUACUAUCCAUGAUAAUGAAUGAAAACAAACAAUUUUUAAAAUAUUUAUGUCAAUUUUAGUCAUGAGAUCAGUGCACAUGAAAUGAACAAUGAUCGAAAUGGACAGAUUAGGGAUGAGUAUGGAUACUAUUUUUGCCGUGCUGAUUGUCUUUAGUACUAAAGCGACAAGGAACAGGUAAUUUUGCAAAAAAAAUAAAUACAUAUCCCGCAUUAUGUUAUUGGGCCAGUACAGAAAACAUCCAUACAGGUCUCUCCCACAGAGGAAAUUUGAGAUUAACCCCCUUAUAAUGUCCUAAUUGAUUUGACUGGGCUUUGCAUUCAUUUAAUUAAACCGGAGUAGCGAUUGAAAACAUGACAUUUACUAUUAUUAGAUAUGAAUUUUCUCCCCUCACUCCGUGGGGGAUUGUGGAUCUUUUCUGAACCGACCUAUUGCAAUGACACCUACAUGUAGUUGGGUUUUCUCAACUACCUAGAUUUCGGAUUAAGGCAAUUCAUGAGGAUGUCAAUAUUUUGUUUUUCUGAUAGAAUUUGACUGCAUAUGUGUAUGAUGUUAUAAAUGACUGAACUAUAAUUUUGCUAUUUUAGGCAGGAGAAAAAAAAUCAUCUACAAUUUACUCCUGAAGAAGACACUUCUGUAAAUGAAACUCAGGACCCCAUUAUCAAUGACCACCUGUACAACUACCACUGUGCAAAGCUUGAGUUUGGUAUGAUUCUAUUUUAUUUCAAUGAUGCUGUACUACAGGUUGAUGGCCAAAGGCUGCAUGAUAUUUACAAGUUGGCAUUGCUACUGUACAAAUCUGGGGGUCAUACUAAAUAUUCAUAUGUUGUGCUUCUUUACCUUGUUCAAAUUGCAGCUAUCUAUUCUGAAUUUGAAGCUCAUAAAAUCAUGUGGAACAGAUUCUAUAACAAAUAUCGUCGUCUAGGUGGAAAGAUCUCAUUAGACCUAAAAAAGGAACAACAGAACAAAGUUCUGAAAACCAUCUGGAGGGCACUGGGGUCAAAUUUAAAUAAAGCAAGCGCAUCACGGGUAGCUGAAGCACUAGAGAAUCUGGAGAGACUAAUUGAGUCUAUUGACAAAGAAUAUAAUUUACAAGAGCGUAAAGGAUAUAAAUCCAGUGGCAAUAAUACAGAAUCAGUGAUGCAAAUCACAUUUGAUUUGUCAUCAAUCAAAGCGUCCAAAUUCACCCCGGGUAGACAUGGCCAUGCAUGA